AUGCAAAAGAAUAAGAUUUUCUUAAAAGGAAUUAAAUAGUUUGAUAUGUUUGCCCAACCAUUAUAAUUAUUAGUUGAUAAAAAAGAAUAUCACUAAACAUUAUUUGGGUCAAUCCUAACACUCUUAUUGCUUGCAUUAUUUUCAAAUCUAUUUUAUCAAAAAUUAGUUACAUUAUUUAACAAAAGCAAUCCUUCCUCAUUAAGUUCAGAAAUCUAUCAUUCUUAACCUGAAUUAUACAAUUUGACUCCUUUUAACUUCACAAUGACAAUGGCCUUUUAAAAUUCAACUUAUAAUACAUACAUUGAUGAAUCAAUUUAUGUUGUUAAUGCAUAUUUAGUCAAAAAGUAUGUUUAAGAAUAAAAUGGAUAAAAAAUUGAUGUCUAUGAUAAACAAGAAUUACCAUUAGUGGAAUGUAAUUAGGAUUUAAUUAAAUAAAAGGAAUUAAAGCAAUAUUUUUCUCAUUUUGAUUUACCAACUAAUUAUUGUAUUGAUUGGAAUUAAAUUCCUAAUAUUCAAAUUCAAGGUACUUUUGAUGCUCCAAAAUUUGAAUACAUUAUAAUGUAAUUUAAUACCUGUAAUGAAUAAACAAAAAAAAGCAAACCUUGUAAAAAUUAAAAAGAAAUAGAGUAAGCAUUAAUGCAGAAUUAUUUUUCAUUUUAAAUUUCAUCUUAAACCACAAAUUUAAAAAAUCCUAAAUCACCAUAUUAACCAAAAGGACAAGAUCUAUUUACAACAAUCUCAAGUAAUAUAUACAAAGAGAUUUCUAUAUACUUAGAACCACUAACUACAAUUACAGAUGUUGGUUUGAUUUAAACAGAAUUGGAAUAUGAAAAAACGUUAAGAUAUGGCAGACAUACAGAAAUGUUAGAUUUAAGUCAAACUGAUUUAAUUAUGAAUGUUAUAAUUAGACUUGAUACUACUGAAUAUGUAGAUUAUAGAACUUAUCCAAAGAUAUAAGAAAUAUUAGCAGAAUUAGGUGGUUUAUGGUAAGUAUUAUUUACUCUCUUUUAUAUUAUUUCUAAACCUAUUAAUAAAAUUAGUCUUAUUCUUGAACUUAUUAAUUCUUUAUAUGAAUUUUAAGAUAUCCAUUAAUAUGAGGACAGCAAUUAAUAGAAAGAUUCCUCUUAAACUAAAAAUUAAAAAUUAGGCUCUCCUUUGUAGAGAUAAUUAGAACAAUAAAUUCAGAUUGGUCAAGAUUAAAUUGUAACUAAUAAGACAUUAUCGAUAAAGGAUAAUAUUUAUAAAAAAUAAGGGCCAAAGGAAAAAUCUUAUAAAACCAUUCUUUAAACAUACAUUCAAUACAUCCAAAAAGCUUUAUUUCGUAAAAAUAUCAAAUAUAAAUUUGGAUACAUAAAUGCAUUUUAAGCAAUGAGGUGUAUUGUCACUAAAGUAAUAUUUGUAAUAAUUUUAGGAUGAUGAAAAUAUACUUCAAUUCCGUUAGGCUCAUAAUGAAAUUAACAGUUAACUUAAUAUUCUUAAUAUAUUAAAAAGACUAUAAGAUGUUGAAAAAUUGAAGCACAUUAUUUUUAAUGAAAAUUAACGUAUUCUAUUUGAUAAAUUUAACAAUAUCCCAUAAAAGGCUUAAUAAUUAGAAAUAAAAUAGCAUAAUGAUCAACAAAUAAAAUAAUAAGGUAUUUCUUCAGAUGCUAUCUUAUAAAUAUUAUCUGAUCAAAAUAGUGAAAUUAAUUAAAAACUUAUAGCUUCCAUAGAUGUUACUGUUAGUAAUUUAAUAUAAAAAUGUAAGCAAGAAAAUGUUGAGAAUUAAGAAAAAAAUUGA